AUUUUCGCGCGGUUUUAGGAAAGCAUUGGAUCGAUCGUGUUUGUUAAGGCAUCGGAAAUAUACUAUUUCUGGCACAUUCCGGGCUCAUCUAUCAAAAUACAAACUUCGUAAUUCUAUCUGAUUUAGGAAUACAGAUAUGGCAGAAAAUCAGCUCUCGGAGUUUCAAACAAAAAAGGUUCUUCGGGUUUUUAAUAUACUUUAUGGCAAAAAUGAUGACGGAGUUAUAGCCAAAGAUGAUUUCCUUAUUGCCAUUGACAAAUUUUGUAACAGUCUGGGAUGGCCUAAGGAUGGGGAUCAAUACAAUAAAGGAAAAGAAACAUUACUUCUCAUAUGGGACGACCUGAAAAAAUACGCAGACGAAAAUCAGGAUGAUAAGGUCUCCAAAGAUGAAUGGGUUCAGAUGUGGAGUGAUUGUUUACAAUCGGUCAAAAACGGAAAACCUUUCCCGGAAUGGCAGCAGAGGUUCAUGCAGUUCAUGUUUGAAGUGAAUGAUAAAUCAGGUGAUAAUGAAAUUGACAUUGAUGAGUAUACGACGGUAUGGAAUCAAUCAUACGGAAUCCCCAUAGAGGAAUGUCGUGAAGCAUUCCACAAGAUAUCUGAUGGCAAGAAUAUCACAAGAGAAGUGUUUGAAAUGCUGUGGAUAGAAUAUUUUGUUUCAAAUGAAAGAGCUGCGAGGGGAAAUUAUCUGUUUGGCAUUCCAGACUUCAUUUGAAAUGAACAGUGACCUGUAUCAGAUUUCUCAACAAAGAGCGGUAACCUCCUCUGGGUUACUUUCUUGAGAAAUUAAUUACAGUGUUUUUGAGUUAUCGUUCCUUUCAAGGCAAUGAAAAAAAAAAAACAAACAAAAAAUUUACAUUAUUUUCAAUGCAUGAAGGAAAAAUUGCUUCAGAAAAAUUCAACACAUUUUGUGUUUAUCCUAUGAGACUAAUGAACAGAAAUCAAAUAAUGUUAACUUGCCUUGAUACUAAAUAAAUAAAAUAAAUUAAAAUGAAAUAAUGUAAAAUAAAAUAAAACAAAAAAAAUUAAAAAUCCUAGACUUUGUUGGAAUUACAGAUAUUGUUUGACUAUAGAACGAACGACAAUUUUUGUUGGAAGAAGAUCGAACGAUAACUCUAGGACGAGAAAAAAAAAAUGUGCUCUUAAAUUUGAAAUAUCGUCUCUUAUUUAUUGUAGAAAAAUAUUCAUAUUGUAGUAAAUCCUAGAAGUUUUUACUUUUAUACAUUUGGUAUAUGUUCCUUGAUAUGUAGUGAAAUAAAUAAAACAAUAAAUUAUUCAUUUAUCAAA